AUGGCCGACACUAAGGAGAUCUCGGCACAUAACGAAAUCGAGAGCCUGAACCUGCCCCCCGCAGCACACAAAUUCAGGUUCUCUGAAAAGUCCAAGCGGCAGGAUGGCGAUGUCGCCUUAAAGCUGUUUACCAAUGUCGACGAUCUGCAGGUCCCAAUUGAUCCCGCGGAAGAAAAGAAACUCAUUCGAAAGGUUGACUUCUUGAUCCUUCCCCUAAUCGCUGUUAAUUAUGCCUUUUUCUACAUCGACAAGACGACGCUGUCAUAUGCAGCCAUAUUUGGUAUCCGUGAUGACCUCCACCUCCAUGGAACCCAAUACAGUUGGCUCAGCAGUCUUUUCUACUUCGGCUUCCUGGCGUGGGCGUUUCCGACCAACUUUCUGAUGCAAAGACUUCCAUUGGGCAAAUACCUUGGCUUUAAUAUUUUUAUGUGGGGAUUCUUCCUUAUGCUGCAGGCUGCUUGUAACAGCUUUGCUACACUUGGCGUUCUGAGAGCCCUCGCCGGCGCUGCUGAAGCCUGCUCGGACCCUUCCUUCAUGCUCAUUACUACCAUGUGGUACACUCGGCGAGAGCAACCACUGCGUAUUGGACUAUGGUACACAGCAAACGGUCUCGGUAUUGCCCUGGGUGGGCUCCUAGGCUACGCCAUAGGUCACAUCAGAGGAGCUUUGGCCUCAUGGAGGUAUGAGUUCAUCAUCAUUGGUGCGCUAUGUUGCGUGUGGGGAAUUGUCAUUGCAAUCUUCAUGCCUGACAGUCCUGUCACGGCCAAAUUCUUGAACGAUCGCGAAAAGAGAAUUGCCGUUGAGCGACUGAUGGGUAAUCAAACUGGAGUUGAAUGCAAGGUUUUAAAGGCAAGCGAACCCUACCAAAUCUGGGAAGCCUUCACGGACAUCAAACUGUACCUCUUCUUUACCCUAGGUGUGGUUGGAAACAUCCCCAAUGGCGGUAUUUCAAACUUUGGCACCCUCAUUAUCAAAGGCUUUGGCUUUUCAACCCUCGUUACCACACUAAUGCAGAUCCCAUAUGGGGUCUUCAUUAUCCUGUCGAUCUUGACCUGUGUCUUCUUAAACAAUCGCUUCCCAAACAACAACCGCUGCAAAUUCAUUUUGUUAUUCCUCUGCCCCAACAUCGCAGGCGCAUUCGGCCUUUGCUUUGUCAAUGAAAAACACCACGUGGGCCGCUACUUCUGCUAUCUACUCACAGGACCCUACAACGCCGCUUUCGUGAUGAUUUUGUCCCUUCAGAUUGCGAAUACUGCAGGUCAUACUAAGAAAGUUGUAACCAAUGCUGUUCUGUUCUUGGGAUAUUGCACGGGAAACAUCGCAGGCCCAUUUUUCUACAAGACAGAUCAAGCUCCAGAAUAUACAUUGGGCAUUUGGAGCAUGAUUGUCAGCCAUCUUCUCGAGGUGUGUGUCAUCAUAAUCUUUUGGGUGUUGAUGAAAUACGAAAAUGCGCGCCGCGACAAGAUUCAAGGCCAUCAGGAACGAGACCUCGACGCCACUGCGUUCGGAGACUUGACGGACCGGGAGAAUUUGAACUUCAGAUAUAUCUACUGA